AUGAGUCCACAAGACCCGAAGCACAACAAGCGUGCAUCCACGGGGCAAGCAUCAUCUCCUGCUUUGAUCCCACGAGCUCCGCCACUUCCCGUACAGAAGCCGCUACAAAGGGCUCGAAACGCAGCAUCGAGAUUUCUUGGCUAUCCAUCUAGACCGUCUAGUCCUACAGAUGAGCGCGAUGAAGGACGUUUUGCUCAUGGCGGCAUUGGAGCGAGGUCCGCUACACUUGGAGCAACACAAAAUGCCACCGCCAGCCAUCGAACCGGACUGGAAUGUCGAACCAUAAGUAUCAAUGAGCGUGGGACUCAUGCUGUGAUUGCUGGGAAGGAGCUCUUCAAAACGGUCAGAAUCGAAGACUCAAACUGGGUUGAAGACUUCAACCUGAGGACGGCAAUUCGAAGCACCCCCACUACAGCGGCUGGAGCGCCUCGCCAUAUAUUCUCCAUUGACAUUGCUGACGUUGCUUGGGCAAAAGGAGACAGCGGCGACUACAUCGCAGCCGCAACUUCCAGUGGGAAGAUCAUUCUGUACGAUCUCGGCCAUGCAGGAUUGCAAGCCGCACAGCUGCAUGAGCAUUUCCGUCAGGUACAUAAUGUAACAUUCAAUCCUCAUAGAGGAAAUCUGCUACUCUCCGGAAGUCAAGAUGGAACGGUGCGGCUUUGGGACGUACGAGAUGUUCGAAGUCAGGCCAACGCGAUAGGAAGUAAACGGACAUUUUCCGGCCAGAGCGGUGGCGUUAGAGAUGUCAAAUGGUCUCCUACAGAAGGCUGCGACUUUGCGUUUGGUACUGACAACGGCGAGAUCCAGCGUUGGGAUAUUCGAAACCUGAAGACCGCCAAAAUCCGGAUUCCGGCCCAUAGUCUGACCUGCAACACGAUUGACUGGCACCCGGACGGCAAGCACAUACUCAGUGCGGGUGCUGACAAGAUAGUCCGAGUCUUUGAUGUGUCCGCGAGCCGUCCUAGGAAGGCGUCCUGGGAGAUUAGGACUCCGCACCCAGUGAUGUUGGCCCGCUGGCGCCCAUCAUGUCGAUCUUCAAUGCCGCAAGACAACGGCGCGCAGCAAUGCACGCAAAUUGCGACUGCGUAUGACCGUGAGCAUCCGGUGAUGCAUAUAUGGGACUUCCGCCGGCCGCUACUCCCCUUCCGAGAGAUGCAACCGUAUCCAUCAGCACCGACAGAUAUGCUCUGGCAUUCACAAGAUUUGCUGUGGACCGUCGGCCGAGAAGGAACUUUGCUACAGACUGAUACGCAGCACAUACCGAAAGUCAUCGACAGAUGCAAUCUGCAAGCAUUUGGGAUCUCACCUCUGGGCGAGCUAUCAUUUGUUGCUCAGGCUCGACAGCGGCGCCGUAUGCCGAAAUCUCACCGGAUUCCCUCUCUGACGCCGACUACAGAUCACAGUGCCAGCGCCAUUCCAGAUGCCGAUUAUGGGCUGAGCAGAAGCUGGGUGGAUGACAGUCUGGACCGUUCUUUUCUCGACGUACUGCCAAUGAAACGCCACAAUCGUGCGAGCAGCAACAGCAGGGCUCACGCCGCCAGUGUUACGUCUGCACUGACCCAGAAUAAUUCAGUGAUCAGACUUGACAACAUCCUAGGGAACCGCAAAUCGUUUAGACCGGAACAGAAGGCAUGUCGAGGACUGUUGCCGGGUCACAAUAACCACAACUACAUUGCUCAUAUGGCAGAGCGGCUCAAGCUUUCAAUCAUGGCAACAUCCAGUGAUGACGAAUACCGGGAACACAUCCGUGAGGCUUUCAAAGCCAAUGCUGACCUUGCGCUCUCGGUCGGCUUCUGGCCACUAUCGCAGUCAUUCAAAAUCGCAGGUCUCAUGUUGGACAACCAUCUGCGAGACCGAGCGGUGCUGAAGCGGAAAAAGGCAAGAGAGAAGGUCCGAUCACAUGGAAGUUCUCACCUGAGAUACUUGUCGGCGGACAUGGAAAAACUGGCCAUUUCACUAGCAGCACAUCAUCUGCGUUCCCCGAUACAAUCGGCAAGAAGCCUCCGUCCCGUCUCAACCAUUGCUCAGCAGCUGGCAAUGCCCGAAAGUACUUCCAACGUUCCGACACCGCUCGUCCGACCAUCCGUUACUGGCAAAGCCGCGAAUUCGCACCACGACGUGCAGCUGCUGGAAUUUGACAAAGAUGAUAAACUUGCUUUGCCACCGUCUCUUGCAUCCGCGUAUGGCUCAGUAUCUUCCAAGCCUGGCGAGCAAAAUUAUCAAAAAGAUCGCAAGCUCACGAUCAGUAAUCUGACAGAUUUGGUCAAUAAUCAAUCAACCACUGACGCUGCCGAGCGUCAGGCAAUGGUGAAUCGCUGGAAUGUACCACCCAUCAAGCCCCUUAAACUGGACGAUGCCGACAUUCAAGGUGUUCGCAUACCGCCUGCCAAGCUCGAAAAGCAUGACAGCGCAGAGAGUUUCCAGUUCUUAGAGGACUCAGGUGGCUCCCGCGGACCCUCAUUUCCCGCCUCCCUCGCGAGUUCCCGCUCAGGGAACGAUCGGAUGGUGGCUGAGCGCCCAAGCCGCAGACAGCUACUCCCAGCAUUGUCAUAUCCUGUAUCUGUCAAUGAUGGCCAGUCAAUGUUCUUCGAAGGCUCUGGUACACUCGGCAAUAGUGGCAUAACCACAAUGGAAAACUCGGGCCAUAUAAGCAAGUUGGACUCUAAAGAAUAUCCUGAUGACGACGACGACGACUGGGAAGAUGAGCCCAUCACCGCAGAUUGUGAUAUGCCAGAUGUGGAGGAAACGGAAUUUAAGCACCAUCGCGCUGUUGCCUUGGACAUUGUGUCUUCUCCCAGACAUGUCGAUCAGCCGCCAGGGAUUUUGCGUGACGCUGCUGAAGACCACAAUGUGUUAAAUCGAGUUCCGCACCAGGAAUCAGUCCACACUGGUCAACAUCGCGCUGCAGAAAGCAAUCCCUUCCGCCAGGUACCUACCGGAAGUGGUGCAGACGAUGGAAUUGACAUCGAUAUUGAGGAGGGAAAAGCUGUGUGGACGCUGAUCGAGAUGCUGCAGCAACUCGUCAAACACUACACCAUCAAUCUUCCGUUCCCUCAAGCUGCCACGUCUUUAAUCCUCCUUCUCGGUCCCAUCUUACCGCGCACGCACCCCCUACCCAUUGGAGAGAUCAACCAAACAAUCUCAGGAUACGUUGAUUACUUUCUGCAAGUCCUCGGAUGGGACGCAGAAGACAUCCCGUCUUUGAUCAAGCAAUGCUACGACCAGCCAAUCAAAGCAGGACUCCAGCCACUGCAUGCUGAAAGCGUUCUCUCAACAUACCACGAGCAGCUUCUGAGCCACAAAUUGUUCAACGAAGCCGCCGAGCUUCGUCGGCUAGCAUAUCCUGCGUAUCCUGCCGUAUACGAGGACUUUGUCAAAGAGAACACCGUCCAUCUCAAAUGCGGUCAUUGCGGCAAGCCAAUGAUGGCUAACCUUGAGAGCCUCCAUUGCGAAUCCUGCCGGAAGACACAGGAAGCUUGUCCGUUCUGCUUGGAGCCGAACAGUCCUUAUGGCAAACAUUCGAAUCUUCGGUCAGCAUGUUUGGUGUGCGGUCAUGGUGGGCAUGCUGAGUGUAUGGAGGAGUGGUUCGUGAAGGUGCGUGGUGGAGGUUGUUGCACUGUUGGGUGCAUUUGUGAUUGCGUGACAGGUCCGUUACGAGAUAAGAAGAUCGCUAUGCUGGUUGCAGCAGAAGAGAGCCGUGAGAAGGGAUUUGUCAAGAAAGAUGAGCUCAAAGUGAGGGAAAGCCGUGCAGUGUCGGGAGCUCGGAUUGAACUCAAUAAGUAA